AAUGGCGGAGCGGGGCGGGCGAGGCGGCGGCAGGAACAGCGGCGGGGGCGUCGUCAGCGGCAGCCUGGACAAGAGCAUCACCCUCCCGCCGGACGAGAUCUUCCGCAACCUGGAGAAUGCCAAGCGCUUCGCCAUCGACAUCGGUGGAUCUUUGGCUAAGUUGGCUUAUUAUUCAACAGUACAACAUAAAGUAGCCAGGGUGCGAUCUUUUGAUCAGUCAGGAAAGGACAUAGAACAUGAAUCGCCGUAUGAAAUCACAGUUCAGGAGGAAAUAACAGCUCGGCUGCAUUUCAUUAAGUUUGAAAAUGCCUAUAUUGAAACCUGCCUGGAUUUCAUCAAAGACCAUCUCGUCAACACAGAAACGAAAGUGAUCAAAGCCACGGGAGGUGGUGCAUACAAAUUCAAAGAUCUUAUUGAGAAGAAACUGGGAUUAAAGUUAGAUAAAGAAGAUGUCAUGACCUGUCUAAUUAAGGGGUGUAACUUUGUGCUGAAGAACAUCCCCCAUGAAGCAUUUGCAUACCUGAAGGAUGCAGACCCAGAGUUCCGGUUCCAGAUGAAUCAUCCACAUAUUUUCCCUUAUUUGCUGGUCAAUAUUGGUUCUGGAGUUUCUAUAGUGAAGGUGGAAACGGAAGAUAAGUUUGAGUGGAUUGGCGGAAGUUCGAUUGGAGGCGGAACUUUCUGGGGUCUUGGAGCGUUGCUUACCAAAACAAAGAAAUUUGACGAGUUGCUGCAGCUUGCCUCGAAAGGACAACACACGAACGUGGACAUGCUGGUGAAAGACGUGUACGGUGGGGCCUACCAGACUCUUGGUCUAAGUGGCAACCUGAUAGCCAGCAGUUUUGGGAAAUCAGCAACGGCAGAUAAAGAAUUUUCCAAAGAAGACAUGACAAAAAGCUUGUUGCACAUGAUCAGCAAUGACAUAGGGCAGCUGGCUUGUCUCUAUGCCAAACUCCACAACCUGAACAAAAUAUAUUUUGGGGGUUUCUUCAUUCGAGGACAUCCUGUUACCAUGCGCACAAUCACUUACAGUAUUAACUUCUUCUCCAAGGGGGAAGUCCAGGCCUUGUUCCUGAGACACGAAGGCUACCUGGGGGCCAUCGGGGCAUUUCUGAAAGGCGCUGAACAAGACAAUCCAAACCUAUACAGCUGGGGAGAGAACUAUGCCGGCAGUUCGGGGCUGAUGAGCACCUCGCCUGACAUCUGCCCCAUGCAGCGGGAGCGGAGUGGCACGUUUGACCUGUUGGAAAUGGAUCGGCUGGAGCGAACCCUCGUGAACCUUCCUUUGCUGAAGGAUCCAUCCACUUACAUCCCGGACACCGUUGACCUCACUGACGACGCCAUGGCCAGGAAGUACUGGCUUUCGUGCUUCGAGGAGGCCUUGGAUGGGGUCGCGAAGCGUGCUGCGGCCAGCCAGCCCGACUCUGUCGAUGCAGCUGAGCGAGCAGAGAAGUUCCGGCAGAAAUACUGGGAUAAACUUCAGACGCUCAGGCAGCAGCCUUUUGCCUAUGGCACCUUAACAGUUAGGAGCUUGCUGGAUACACGAGAGCACUGUUUGAAUGAGUUCAAUUUUCCAGAUCCAUAUUCCAAGGUGAAACAGAAGGAGAAUGGCAUAGCGUUGAAAUGUUAUCAGAGUGUAAUCGAGUCUUUGGAAGCGUUGGGCUGGGAGGAGAGGCAGUUUGCCCUCGUGAAGGGACUUCUUGCCGGGAACGUCUUUGACUGGGGCGCAAAAGCGGUCUCAGAUGUCCUCGAAACAGAGCCACAGUUUGGAUUUGAAGAAGCCAAGGAGAAGUUGCAAGAACGCCCCUGGCUUGAAGAUUCCUACAACGAGUGGUUGGAACGGCUCAAGGGCCCACCUCAUCAAUGUGCCUUAAUCUUUGCAGAUAACAGUGGAAUAGACAUCAUUUUAGGCAUCUUCCCCUUUGUCAGAGAGCUGCUGUCUAGAGGCACCGAGGUUAUAUUGGCUUGCAACUCCGGCCCGGCUCUGAACGAUGUAACCUACAGCGAGUCCCUACUUGUGGCAGAGCGGAUCGCAGCCACCGAUCCGGUCAUACGAGCUGCCUUGAAGGAAGAAAAGUUGCUCUUGGUACAGACAGGUUCAAGUUCUCCAUGCUUAGACCUCAGCCGGCUGGACAAAGGUUUGGCCAACCUGGUCCGGGAGAGGAAGACGGACCUGGUCAUCAUCGAAGGAAUGGGCCGGGCCAUCCACACCAACUACUAUGCAGCCCUCGAGUGCGAGAGCCUCAAACUCGCGGUCAUCAAGAACGCUUGGCUGGCCGAUCGCCUCGGCGGGAAGCUCUUCAGCGUCAUCUUCAAAUACGAGUGCCCCUGAAGCGAGGCGGCCGAGCCACGGGAAGGACUGGAGGGGCCAGCGCAGGACUUGCACUAGUUUUAAUUGUAAAGAAUGUAUUUUUAUUACCACAGGGAAAAUGAGUUCACACACACAAUUCCGUAUUUAUAUUGUGCUUUUGUGACCUAAAGUGACAUAUAUCUCUCAUAUUGGGCUGGGUUUUUUUGUUUUUUUUUUUUUUUUUUUUUUUUUUGGUAAGUGUUUCUUUUAAUGCUGCAGUAUUUGUGAUGGAAAGAGACUUGAUCUUUUCUUUUUGUUCUGUGAGACAUUCAUAUUGAAAUAUUUAAAUGUCAAUGAAAUCUCUUUUUAUAUUUUGGCCGAAAUAUACACCCGCCAUUACGUGGCAAAUACCAAAUAGAGUUUUUAAUGAGCUGAA